CGCAACAUGUCUCACAAGUAUGAGCCGCUGGUCGACGACGAGCGCAGCUCAGACGAAGUCGCGGCGCGAGCGCGCUCCUGGCGCCGUCAAAUGGCGCUCAUCAACUUCGUCAUCUUCAUCGCCGAAGCGUCGCGGGGUAUCGUCAUGCCGACGCUCUUCCUCUACUGCCAGUCGCUCGGCGGCGGCCUCUACGAGAUGGGGCUCUUGACCUCCGUCUACAGCGUCGGCCGCCUCAUUUCAUCGACGGUCUUUGGCUAUCUCUGCGAUAAGUACUCGUUCCGCGCCGUGUACAUUGCGUCGGCACUCAUUGGCCUCGUCGGCAACCUCGUCUACGCUGUCCCCAGCACGCGCGCGCUCAUCAUCAGCCGCUUCUUCGUCGGCGUGAGCUCCGGUAACCUCAGCGUGUGUCGGUCCAACGUCGCGGCUAUGACAACCGUUGACGUUCGGCUCAAGUACCUCACAAUCCUCGCGAUCUCGGUGUACUUUGGAUAUGCACUCACGCCCGGCCUCGGCGGAGUGCUCACGACAGUGGAAUUCCAUAUUUUUGGCUUGCCCAUCAACCCUUUCACAGCUCCAGGAUUGCUUCUCGCAGGCCUCCACCUUGCGUCGAUUGUUCUUGUGGCCGCCACGUACGACGACACGAUUGAUGUGCGUGACGCGCCUCUCGCGAGCGUGGCACGGACACAGUCUUUGGCUACUUGGACAACGGAUCUCUCGGAGAAGCUCGUCUUUGCAGGUCUCGGGAUCUUUAUUUUUCUCAACUUUGUUGCGCGCGGUGUGCUCUCGAUCUACGAGACGAUCAACGUGCCGCUCUUUGUCCGCGUCACAGGCGACGCAAACAACACGGUCGUGGCCGCCGCGUCCGAAUUCCAGUUUAACCUCGGUCUCCUCGGGCUGCUCACGUAUCUAGCCAUCGAAAUCUGGCACCAUGUCGUCUCCGAUAGCAAGUUGCUUAUGAUUGGGUUUGGCGGCCUCGGUCUUGGCAACUUGAUUUUAGCGAUGCACGCGACACCGACGUACACGAAGCUUUGGGUCGGUGUCUUCUUUCUCUGGAGCAUUGGGAGUCCCAUUACGACCGCCGUCUGUGUCUCGGCCUUCUCCAAGAUCCUUGGCACGCGCCAGCAAGGCAAGUGGAUGGGCCUCCUCGGCUCAGCGGCCUCGGUCUCGCGCAUCAUCAUGCCGAUGCUGCCGGCGCUCUUUUCGAACUUUACACCGCUCUUUUGGAUCAGCCUCGCUCUGUGCCUCGUCGGCGCCGCGCUCUUGGUGCUCUAUGAAGUGGCCGUGACACGAGAAGUGAAUGCGGCGCUGCUGCUGUCGCCCCCGACAUCGCCCUCGAGGAGUCACAUGGAAUACGAGUAGCCUUUAGAAUAGUACGCGCGCGUAUAAAAUACUGGUAUGCUAGUGUGUAGUUCUUUG